AUGGAAACAUGGCAAAAUAUGUUCAAUCAGAAUUAGCAAAUAUUGUUGGAAAUCCUGAUGGACAAGUUCCUCUUGGUUAUGCUCAAUAUCAUAAGAUUUCUCAAUUGGAUAUUGCUGGAGGUAAUCCUCAAGAUGACAAUAUUCCAAGAAGAGUCCAAUCCAUCAGAACUAAUCCAGUCCCAAUCAAGUUCGAAUCUUCUCCAAUUUGGACAGUUUUCCCAGCAGGCACAAAGAGAGAAAAUAUGAAAACUGCCUAUUAUAAUUAUGUCAAUUCAAAGAAUAAUAUGGUUAAUGACAUGAUUAAUAGAUUGAAUUAUCUCAGAGAUUUGGAAGCUUUCACACCAACACCAUUUGUUGGCUAUUACAAGAAGAAGGCGUUCCACACUGAAAUUGCCAGAGGACAAGUUGCAGGUGAUAAUCAGGCAGAUGUUUCAGUUCUCAAAUAUUCUUACCUUGGUAAAAAAUUUGCCUCAGUUCAAGGAAGAGCCAUGUUAAGAAUUUUCAGGCACAGAGAUGAUUCAUUCCACAUUCAAUUGGAUACUCGUUGUGAUGCAACCAAUAACUUCCCUGGAUUUGAACCAGUUAUUAUUAAUUCACCUGUUGUAAAGAAUGCUUGUGCGACUAUCGAUGCACCACAAACACAAGCUAAAAAGAUUGAUGGUGAAAUUGUUCUAGGUUAUUCGUUCGAUUUCAAUCAACUGGUCGUUUGCCAUGGAUGUAAUGCUGAAUUGAAGAUUGCAGGAUUGGUUUUGGAAUGUCCUGUUCCUGCUGCCAAGACAUGUCCAAUUGUUAAACAAGUUUAA